UUUGGUUGUCACUAUGGCAACGGAUUAUUAUUGGACAUAAUAUUUGUAAAUAAAAUCAAUUGAAUAGAGAAUAAAUAAUUUUCCGUGAUUAAUUAGCAGAAUACAACGUUGAAAAGAACAUUUAAUAUUAAGAAAUUCGACGAAGGUUUAUGGAGUAGUCUUCAGUUAUUUGGCCAGUAAAGAUGCCUGGCCACGAAGCGCCUUCUGUAGAACUUGGCAGCGCUCCCCAGACGCCAAGUGUCGGGCCAUCGCCCUCGCCUUCUGAAAUAUCAAGCACAAGUACUCCCGAGCCACAAAAUUUGCGACCGACACCUUUGUUUAGGGCGCUGGCUAUGCCGCCUCCCGAGCCCGAGCAGCCACCGGGGCAAGACGAGCUGGAGCGCCGCCUGCCCGGCUACAGGCGCAUCGUGAUACCGCGGGAUCUCACGCUCAUCGAGCUAUUGAAACAAUCGAGUGGCGCUCAAACUGACGAGGAAGUUCUCCGCAUCCGCGAGGCGAAGCUGCGCGUGAUCGCGGAGCAGGUCGGGCUGCGGCGGCUCCCGGUGCUGGCGCCGAGGCUGCGCGAGCUCACGCUUGACGGCAGCGCCGUCGCGACAUUGCGCGACCUUGGCAUCGGACUUGCGCGUUUAAAGAUCCUGAGCAUAAAUCGCUGCGGUCUGACGAGCCUCGAUGGGGUGUGGGGCCUGGGCGCCUUGCGGGAGCUCCACGCCGCCGGUAACCGACUGCGCGACAUUCAACUCUUGGCCGGCCUUCAGAAAUUGCAUACGUUGAAUUUAGCAAAUAACCCGAUAGCAGACUCAAGUCGGCUCUGGACUUUGGGCGUGUGUGAUUCCUUGCGCAAUUUGACGCUGCGAGGCACCCCGUUGGCGGACGCGGAGGACUAUCGCGCGCGGGUCGAGACUGCUCUUCCCAGACUGCAGUACUUAGACGACCGUCCGAUGCACGGCGAUGAAGAGGAUGAUCUUGAAACAGAGUUGAAGCCCACGUUGAGUUCGGACUCGGACAGCGAGUGCGAGGUGGACACCACGGCCACUUCCAUGACUCCUGACGUGUCGCUGGAGCCGCAACCUGGACCGUCCAAUUCACAACUAGAGAGCCUAGAAGCUGAUGUGGAUGUUGUUAGCCCAUUGCGUCCCUCCCGUCGAAGACCGGCGACGACCGAGUGUGUGGGAGCGAGACCGCGCGUGCAACUUCCGCCGCGGCCCAGCACCGCGCACUCCACGCGGGAACGAGCGCCGAGCAGGCUACAUAUGCUGAACACGCUCAUGGAUGAGGAGUGGCGCAACAGUGGCAGCAGAUUGACUUCGCAGCACCCAGUGUGCGGUAACAUAGCGAGAGCCUUGCGGCGCCCGCAGACGGCUCAGCAGACGCAUUUGGAAGAAGAAGAGAAGCUGUUAGUGAGUGAGAGUGUUGAAAACGCGAUGCGCGCUGUCGCGAAGGAGAUACCCCGCGCACCUUGCGUGGAGGAUUGGGCUCAGUUCAGGAAACUUACCGGCAUCGACAUCGAGUUCGACUUUGAAGCACGACCACAAGGGGAUGCUAGCACCGCGUUGGAUCGUCUGGAACAAAUAGAAAAAGAGACGUUGGAAAGGCUGCAAGAGGAGGCUUUGAAGGAGACGUGUAGUUCAAAUAUACCGUCCACGUCGGCCGGGAGGUUCGACUUGCGAGCUCCGAGCGAAUGUGACGCGUGGAGCGGCUCGGGGGACUCCAUCCGGGAGCCCCGCGGCCCCAGGUCGGACCCGAGGCUCGAGGUCGACGUGCUGUUUAAUAAUAUUAUUGCUAUGGGUAUUGAAUCGCAACACUAAUUAGAUAUACAAUAGAGGGAUUUGAGAAUGACAACUUUCAUUAUGCCACGGCUUGAAUAGCGAAUCUAAUGUCACAUGUACAGUCAGCUGCAAAAAUAUGUUUCGAGAGAAUCGUCUCAUAAAUAUGGUACUACGCUCUUAUAUAUUACACUGGAAUAAGAUGCAAUGGGACAUAUUUUUGAGUAAGAUGUGUGCACCCAUAUUUUUACACUUGACUGUAUGAUAUAGAAGUUGGUAGUUAUUUGUAAAAACACUAAAAACCUCAGUCCGCGUAGCCAAUAUGUGCCUAUCGUUGACGCUCCGUGGCGAACGAAACGCAACUGUCACAGUCGCACUAAUUUGGAAGAGCGAUAGAGAGAGAUGACUACGCUACGCUACGGAGCGUUAACGAUUGUAACGUUGGCUACGCGGCCAGUAAUUCCACUUAUUGAAUUGACGCUACGACGUGUCACGUUAUUUAAAUAAACGGAGUAGAUUAGGGAAUUGUUAUAAUUAAUUCUAAAGGUUGAUUCUCGAUGUUAAGGUGGUUCGAUUAGGUUACCCAAAGCUUAAACCUCACUAGAUGGCGCCACAAUUGCAAAUUUUGAGUUUUAAUUUUUUUGUGGAGUAGUCUUGGUAUUUCUAUACUGUAAAUUAUGUUUAGCGCACUCAUUAAAUAAAUAUUGAACUAUUACAACAAACA